GCUCUUUCCCAAAGAAUUCUUCCUCUUUCUCCCGGCCUCACUCUCCUCUCGUGUUUAUUUUUGCCCCGGACGCCAUAACGGCAGAGUCGCAGUAGCGCAGAGAAGCGCGUAGGGUGGCUCCUCUAGCUCUGAAAAGAUUCCCGGUGGUCCGAACCGCCCACCGCUGCAGGAGCAAGCACCCGAUUUCAGGGCGCCGUCGGAUUUGCCAGGACGUGGAUGUGACUGUCCUGGAGGGCAUUUUGAUGAAGGAGAUAUGAGCUUCUCCUUAAACUGUUUGUAACUGGGACCAUAGCAGCAAACUGCACAUAACAACACAUGUAGUAUCACGGGCUGGCUUUGGACGACGUUCCUGUGGAGCCUGGUGGAUGCCAUGCUCCGGAAGAAGGAGCAGAAGGAUGCCGAGCUGGACAGGAAGAUCGAGGCCCUGAGGAAGAAGAACGAGGCACUGAUGAAGAGGUAUCAGGAAGUGGAGGAGGACAAGAAGAGGGCGGAGCAGGAAGGCAUGGCUCUGCAGGGCCGUAAGGGCAAGGCAGAGGACCUGACCAUCACCAUCAAUAAGUGUGCUAAUGAAGGACGCGUCGUCACAAAGAAACCUGGGCCUGGUAGCCAGCCUGCCCCUCGGGUGGCACCUGAACCCAUUGAUGGAGAUUUGAACCCAUUCAGCGCUGGGCGAGGGAAAAGGAGGCAACUGUUGGUCACCACCGGGGGCAGCACCAAGGGCAGGAGGAUUGUAAGUGAGAGGAAGGGGGCGGGCCUACACUCAGGCCCCGGGGGCCCCAGGGAGCCUGGAAAAGCUGAGGAAGACUCCAGGAUGGUCAGUGGAAAACCUCCCCAGAGCUUGAAAGGGGACACGCAGACACAGGAAGAUGCUGGGAAGCAGGAGCCACACAGCUCAGCGGAGGCCGAACACAACCCCUAUUACCAGGAUGGCCAGGGCUCUGGCCGGCAGGCCCACACGGACCUCACCGUCCCCACCUCCAAAGAGGAGCAGCUGGAGUACCUGCGUUGGAAGAAGGAGCGUGAGCGGAUCGACCGAGAGCGCGUGGAACGUCACAAAAAUGCCAAGGGCCAGUGGAGGAGGGCCUGGGACAUGGACAAGCCAGAGACAGGGCUCCGGGAGAGAGUUCAUGGGGAAGUUGAUCGUGGAAGUCAAGGCAGAGGAGGAAGAAAUGUGCGACGGGGUAGCCUGAGACCGUACGCGGAGUCGCGGGGGCAUCGAACCCGGGACAGGGGGACGAAGAACCUGCAGGCUGUCAGCAGCAAAGCCAAGGGCAAGGAUCGUCUGACAGGAAGAGCUAGGAGAUGGGAUGCCAAGGAAGAAGCAAAGAGCCCACAGAUCCCAGAGAAUUUUGAGGAGUUCUUAGAGGAACUGGAUGCCUAUGGAGAUGCUGACGUCGAGGAUACCCAUCCUGGGGCAGACAGUGGAGAUGGAACUACGAGAGAUAAGACUAGGGAUACAGUAUGUGCUGUGGGGACUGUUACGGAAGACGGUUCCAGAGGUGUAAAGGAAGCCACUGUUCUAGAUCAGGACAGUGAGUCAGCUUUGAGAAAAGGAGAAGAAGAGCAGGGCCAUAAGCCAGCCAACCCGGAGGCCUUGCCCCAGCGAGAAAAGAAGGUCCGCUUCUCCGCAGAAGCUUUGAAGGGCAGCGAAUGGUCAGACGAAGAAACCCCUGAGCUGACCCUUCCAGAGACCCAGGAGGACGGCCUCGAUAGAGCCCUGCAGCGCACAGACAGCCCUCCAGGGGGCGCCGACUCACCUGGGCUUCAGGGAGACCAUACUUCAGGCAGGCCUGAGCAGAAAAAAGGUGUUUGCCUUCCUGAGACUCCCAGAACUGGAAGGUCUGACAGCAAACCCAGUAACGUGGUCACAGCCAAAGUGGAGCCAGUGUCCCACCCUGUGGACGACGACUCUCCGACCGCUCAGCCCACGGGACAUUCAAAGGGCAGUGCCAGCAAAAGCCCAGGAGAGAGAAUUGACGCUGGGUUCUCUGUGAUGACCACUGACUGUGAGGCUCCUCACGCUGCUCACAAGAGCAACACUGAGAAGGCAAAAGAAAAUGGGAAAAUAGUUUGAAAGUGAAGAAGAGGGGUCUUAUGCACUACGCUAAGGAACUGAUGCACUGUUUUGCACAGUUGCUUAAAUGUCAUUGACGGGCUUGUGGAGAAAAGUGGGAAUGAAAAACAUUAUCACAGGCGGAAUCAACGCACAGGCAGUGCUGUAGUGGUGAAGAAUUAGUUUUGCUUUGCUUUCUGGAGUAUUAUGUAUAUUGUAGAUUAAUCACAUUACGGUUAAUAUAUUUCACUGUUGAAGUGUAUGAGAAGAACCUUGGUUUUGCUCUUUAUUUACUUGAAACAUUUACAUUCAUAUAUGACCCGGGUUUAGAGAAUGUCACACUUCUCAAAUUAAACUUAGAGUUGGGGAAGUCAUUAUUAAUAUUAUUACACUGUAAACUCCUGUUUUUCUUAGGGAAGUUACUAUAAUACUGGCUCUCAGUUUUUGUGUUUUUUUUGUGGAUUGAUUUACUACAUGUGACACAGAAACUCUUGUGUUCAUGUAAGCAAUCAGCGUUUCAAACAUUUCUAUGUGGUUUUUAAGACUGGAUAGAUUAGCGAUAGCCUUUGCACAUAAAAUAGUCUAUUUAUUUGUGUUUGAAUUUCGAACACUUUUGACUUUUUUUUUUUUGGAAUUCAAGGUUGCUUAUGGGCGUAAGUCCGUUAUCUAAGCCUAUAAAUACUAAUGAUACUAAUUGGAUCCUUCAUGUAGAGCCUCACAGUUAUAAGAGAAGGCCGUCUGAAUGUAGAUGUGCAGUGUCUCUCGCCUUUUGUGCAUCGGAUCUGCUGUUCUGUAACUGAUGAGGUUAGAAUUGAGCGGAGAGAUGCGGAGCCAUGUGGGGGCAGCAUUUCGGAGGAGCAGUGCUCGACCCUUUGGCUUUAGAUUGCACAGCCAUCGUCACUUUUAGUUUUACGUCCACGUGCAGUGAAAGCCUGUGUUGUAAAUAUUCAAAAUGGUUGAUUUCAUUGCUCAGAAAGGAAAAAAAAAAAGAGAUUGGAUGUCGAUAUUUAAAAAUGCACUUAGCGUACCUAUUUAUCUCAUUAUGGUGGCAGGGAUGGUACAGUGGGGGGCACUCUUGCCCUCCUGUCCACACCCUGUGUGGGUGGAAUUUGCAUAUUCCCAUGAUGCUUCUAGGAUAUCCUCCGGGUUCCUCCCACAGUCCAAAGACAUGCAGGUAGGCUAAUUGGUAUUGCUAAAUUGCACGGGGAGUGUGAUUGCAUGUGUGUCCUGGGAGAGGACAGCAUCCCAUUCCCAGCUUUGUGUCCUUUGCUGCCUGGGAUAGGCUCCAGGCUCCUCUGUGACCUCCAGGAUGAGCAGCUAGAAGAAGAGAAGAUGAAUUUAUUUCAUUAUCUCUUUCACCUGAGAUUUAAUGGAGCCUUAAUGUAAAAAAAGGAGAGAAUGUUUGCUAAGCACUUUCGUAUGACAAUUCAUAUGCAUCUGAUGUAUGUGGAAACCUGACCGUUUUAGGAAGAGUGGCGGAGGUUGGCAUAUGAACCCUGGAGAAAGUCCACAGCAGGCAGCUAGCGGCCAGUGCUGGGGUUUGUGUCAGUUGUAGCACAUCAUUACAGAGUGUGAAUUAAAUUCAGCGUGGAGCAGCGAUGUGUCAGAGGACAUGAUUGCUAGCGUGACCACAUAAACUCCAUCAGCAGCACAUUUGCACAUUUGCGGGUCUUUAGAUGGUCUCAGACACACAAAAGUCCAGGUACUGAUUAGGAAAUCGCUUGAUCGGGCAGAUGAUGAAGACCAGCUGUUUAUAAUAUCAAUUUGGAAAUUAAGUGUCACAGCUUGAUUCUGCUCCAGGUGGGAUUUGACCCACACUUGUGUUUCAUCGGAUGGUCAGGAAGUCGAUUCCUUGGAGCGCGGGCCAAACCGUGGUCGUCAUGGUGCUGCAGUGACAGCAAUGGAGCAGACAGACACUUUGUAACGAAACCCCUCCCAAGGGUCACAGUGUGCAUUUGGUUUCUGCUCUCCUGGGACACAAAUGACACAGCUAAGUGAUCCUACAGGACUGAUGUGCCCGAUAUUAAUCCCAGCAAAGUCUGAACACGAUUUACGGGCAUCAUUGACUUGUGUGCACUGUUACCUAAAGUCCUGUUUCGCCCCGUUUGUUUUCACUGGGUCCUCGCUAAAUGUUUGGCUGUGGAAACCGGAAAGUAGGAGUGUAUCUGUUACCAUUCUGCCCGCCAGUGUAUCUCCCCAAAUCAAAGGGCACCAUUGUCAUUUGCCUGUGUAGUUAAGGCGGCUGAAACAAGUUCAGUUUUUUUUAGUAACGCAUACAUCUGUUUUGCGUAAGACGUAGUGCCUUUGUUGUGGUAUCUUUCCCUCAGAAGUACCUCAGCAACCAGCGACAUAAAGAAAUAUAUCUUAUAGCACUGGAUAACCUGGACAUAUAGCAGUGCUGGGGGAAAAAAACUCACCUGUAGGUCAUGCUAGAGUCACAUGACUGCUUCAGAGACAAUGUGACCUGAUGGCAGCCUAUUUAUUAGGUUCUUGUUUGACAGUGGUUAUAGUAUGCUGUUCCCAGGGCCUUGUUAAAACAUUGAACUUCCUGUGUUGUUUUUAUAUAUUAAAAACAUAUUUCUCUUUUUCCAUUAACCGUCAGAUUUGAAGGAAUACAAAUGUAAAAAUUCUUAAACUAUGUCGCUUUUAAAACACUUUACUGCUGAUAACCCCUAUUAGUGUCCCACUUUGUGUAUGUCCUGUAUGUGCUAAUGUCAGUGUUUGGCUCUUGGUGUUUUCCAUGUAGGUUUCAAAACUCAGCUGGCUAAUUUCUUCGUCCCACCGCCCAUAAUCCCGGUUUACAUAGUACCAAAAACACCACUAGUUUGAAUAGAAUCAUGCCUUAGAAAAUCCCAUGCUGUGUGUGUCGGAUAUUGUGAAUCAUUCAUGUUUUCAUGUAUGUGUAUUUACUGUAGAAUUGUUUAAAAUAAAGUGUCUUGGUUA